AUGGACACAGAAGUCACAACCAAUGCCAGUCUGAAACCAACGUCCCAACAGACACGGUCCAAUCAAGCUACCUCCAAUGGGCCACAACCACCACUCAGAUCCGGUAACGAUCACGCCUUUAAUUCUCAAAGCACUAACUGCUAUGGCUUGGGACAUUCGAAAGAGAGUGUUCUUCCUAUGGCAGAAUUUCAGCAAUUCCUGACUAGAAAAAAAGUUGGACCAAUAUAA